GUGCUUCCACCCCCUACUGCCCCGAGCCUGGACAUGUGGCCCCUGCAGGGCCCCGCCCCAGCGCUGUGAACCCACAGCUUUUCUCCAGGGAAGGGUGGAGGUGCGCCACCUCCAUGGGGAGACGGGGAGGCCCAAAUCCAGGGAUCCGGGUCAUUGUCCUGACACUGAGGUUGGCUGACACCCCCCUGUCCUCUCUGUCCCAGGGAAAUUCAACUACUGAGGAGGUUAAGGCACAAAAAUGUCAUCCAGCUGGUGGACGUGUUAUACAACGAAGAGAAGCAGAAAAUGUAUAUGGUGAUGGAGUACUGCGUGUGUGGCAUGCAGGAGAUGCUGGACAGCGUGCCAGAGAAGCGUUUCCCGGUGUGCCAGGCCCACGGGUACUUCUGUCAGCUGAUUGACGGCCUGGAGUACCUGCACAGCCAGGGCAUCGUGCACAAGGACAUCAAGCCCGGGAAUCUGCUGCUCACCACCGGGGGCACCCUCAAAAUCUCCGACCUGGGCGUGGCCGAGGCACUGCACCCGUUCGCGGCGGAUGACACCUGCCGGACCAGCCAGGGCUCCCCGGCUUUCCAGCCACCCGAGAUUGCCAACGGCCUGGACACCUUCUCCGGCUUCAAGGUGGACAUCUGGUCAGCUGGGGUCACCCUCUACAACAUCACCACGGGUCUGUACCCCUUCGAAGGGGACAACAUCUACAAGCUGUUUGAGAACAUCGGGAAGGGGAGCUACGCCAUCCCGGGUGACUGUGGCCCCCCACUCUCCGACCUGCUGAAAGGGAUGCUUGAGUACGAGCCGGCCAAGAGGUUCUCCAUCCGGCAGAUCCGGCAGCACAGCUGGUUCCGGAAGAAACACCCUCCGGCUGAGGCGCCGGUGCCCAUCCCACCGAGCCCGGACACCAAGGACCGGUGGCGCAGCAUGACUGUGGUGCCGUACUUGGAGGACCUGCACGGCGCGGACGAGGACGAGGACCUCUUUGACAUGGAGGACGACAUCAUCUACACUCAGGACUUCACGGUGCCCGGUCCCAGAAGAGGAGGCCAGUCAGAAUGGACAGAGCCGGGGCCUCCCCAAGGCCGUGUGUAUGAACGGCACGGAGGCGGCGCAGCUGAGCACCAAAUCCAAGGCGGAGGGCCGGGCCCCCAACCCUGCCCGCAAGGCCUGCUCCGCCAGCAGCAAGAUCCGCCGGCUGUCGGCCUGCAAGCAGCAGUGAGGGUGGCCACCUGCAGCCCGUGUCCAGGAGCCCCGCCAGGUGCCCGCACCAGGCCCUCAGUCUUCCUGCCGGUCCCGCCCGCCCUCCCGGAGAGGUGGCUGCCAUGCCUCUGUGCCGACCGCGCCCCAGGACCUCCGGAACACCUUGCAGGGCCGGGCAGGGGGACAGCAGCGAACGGGCACAGCCCUCCCCUCGGCCGCCGGGCAGUGCACGCUUGUUGACUCUGCAGCCUGGGGCGGAGCCUUCCCGGGCGGGCGAGGGAGGAGGGAGACGGCCUCGAUGCACUUUACGUGGAGACUACUGGCCCCGCCCGUGGCCUCGUGCUCCGCAGGGCGCCCAGCGCAGUCCCCGCCGCAGACCAGCGGGCGGGUGUGGAGACCAGGCUCCUGGCCCUGCCAUGCAUGCAGCACCGCCCGAAGCCGCGCGGCCACUUUGGUUUUGUUUGGUUGGUUCCAUUUUUUUUCCUUUUUUUUUUUUAAGAAAAAAUAAAAGGUGGAUUUGAGCUGUGGCUGUGAGGGGUGUUUGGGAGCUGCUGGGUGGCGGCGGGGGCGUGGGGUUGGGCUCACGUUGCAGCUGCCUUUGCGCACUCAGGUCACCCUGCUUCGGCGGCCCGGUCUGAGGGCAGGACCCCUCACCUCCCCCAAGGCCACUGCGCUCUUGGGACCCCAGAGAAAACUCCGAGCGAGCACGAGUGUGCAGUCAGUAUUUAUAAUCAUCCAGAAAACAAAAACACGAGAAACGCCAUCGCGGGAUGGUGCAGACGCGGCGGGGGCUCGGAGGGCGUGGUGCGGGCGAGGGCGCCCGAAUUUGGCAAUAAAUAAAGCUUGGGAAGCUUGGA